AUAUGUACACACAUAUAUAUUAUACAUAUUAGAAAGAGGGAGAGGGAGAGAGAGAGAUGGGCGGGGUGACAUCUUGCGUGGCUAACAAAUUGGCCUUCCUUCCUCCAAAACCAGCAGGGUACACAGUGUUCAGAGACUCUAAAACUAACCGGUUGUCUCUAAGUGUCCUACCUUACCAGCAAAACGCCGACGUUUUAUUACUAUCAACUCGCUGUGGCACUAAAAUAGUGGCCGUCUACAUUCGCUACCCCAUGGCCACUACAACAGUCCUUUUUUCUCAUGGCAAUGCCUCUGAUCUUGGCACCACAUAUCCCUACCUUGUCUCUUUGAGCUCUCAGUUACGUGUCAAUAUCAUGGGGUACGACUACUCUGGAUAUGGGCAAUCAACAGGGACGCCAAGUGAGGAAAACAGCUAUGCAGAUAUUGAAGCUGCUCUUGGUUAUGUUGAGAAAAGCUGUGGCAUUAGGCGAGAAGACAUAAUCCUCUACGGUCAUUCUCUUGGAUCUGGUCCGACCGUGGAGCUUGCUUUUCGAUUCUCUCGCUUCAAAGCUGUCAUUCUGCAAAGUCCUAUACUCUCUGGUUUCAGAGUCGUAUACCCCACCAACGAGUCUUAUUGGUUUGACAUUUACAAGAACGUUGACAAAAUUCCAAUGGUUGAUUGCCCUAUUCUUGUCAUACACGGAACUGAUGAUAAAGUGGUUCGUUUCUCCCACGGCAAGACACUCUGGUCUUUGUGUAAAAACAAGUUUGAACCACUAUGGAUAGAAGGAGGCGACCAUAAUGAUUUACAUGAAUUUCCACAGUUUAUACCUCAUCUUCUGAGCUUCUUAUCAGCUCUUGAUCAGAAGCCCUUAGCCCCAGCUCCAGUUAGUUAUGAUAUAAAGAUAAGAUAAAGUCAUGAAUAUGGCCUUUACUAUAAUCCUUAGUACAGUACAGCCUUAUAAUAUAAUAAUAUAUGUAAGUAUAAAGUGAACUAUACGUAGUAAUAAAAAUAGUACUUAAAAGGGUCCAUUUAUGGGCUAAAUGUACGUAGAAGUGGGUUGUUAAGGAACAUGGUUCAUUGUAUUUGAGUUAAAAUAUAAGAGUGGUUUGAAGAUAUAACUAGUGAGCAAGAGAGAGCUGGCUGUUGUGUCUGCGGUUGCUUCAAUGAUUUCAACUGUUGGUGGUGCCCCACUGUUGUUGACAAUAAGGGGACAAACCCCAACUCUUAUGGUUUGACUUUAUUCAAAAUUUAGAUCAGUUUAGUGCUGACCAGCACCACGCUUAGUUUAUUGCUUAGCUUUUUU